AUGGCCCGCGAGAAGCAAAAAGUACCCUUGCAGCGGAUCCCGUCGUCGGGCGUCAUGCAAGCUCCGCCAGACCUGCCGGAGAUCAAGCCCAAGGUGAACGGCAUCGCGACAAGCUCCAGCGCGCAUUCCUCGGAACAGGCUGGUCUUUUGCAGCUUGUCAUUUGUGUCGCGGGCAUCUACGCUUCCUUUCUUUCCUGGGGCGUCCUCCAGGAGACCAUCACUACAACCGCCUGGCCCGUCCAGCCCCCAACAGCACAGAAUCCGCACCCUCCAACAGAGCGAUUCACUUUCUCUGUCGUGCUUAACACCAUUCAAUCCUUCUUUGCCGCGAUUACCGGGUUCUGCUAUCUGUACUUUUCCACUCCGCGAGGCCAGAAACGCCUACCUGUUUUCCCAACUCGUCGCAUCCUGAUACCCCUAAUUCUCGUCAGCAUAUCUUCCUCUCUUGCCUCGCCCUUUGGAUAUGCGAGUUUGGCGCACAUCGAUUAUCUUACCUUCAUUCUUGCCAAAUCGUGCAAACUUCUCCCUGUCAUGCUUCUUCACCUCACUAUUUUUCGGAAGAGAUACCCCUUAUACAAAUAUGGUGUGAUCCUUCUGGUCACUGUGGGUGUUGCUACAUUUACCCUGCAUCAUCCUACGGCUAGCAAGAAGAAGAGCAGCAAACUCAACGACAACAAUUCCUCAGCUUUCGGACUGUUUCUUCUCUCCGUCAACCUCCUUCUCGAUGGCUUGACCAACACUACCCAGGAUCACAUCUUCUCGUCGCCGAACCUAUACUCUAAAUUCACCGGCCCUCAGCUAAUGGUUGCACAAAAUGUUUUGUCAACUCUCCUUACGAGUUCCUACCUCCUACUUGCGCCUCAUAUAUCUUCUUCGAUUCUUCCUAUUCUCCCGCUACCCGUACCUCCAUCGCAAACGAACGAGUUGUCGUCUGCAUUGUCAUUUCUAUCCCGCCACCCCCAUGCCACGAAAGAUGUCGUGGCAUUUGCUGCUUGUGGCGCAGUUGGCCAAUUGUUUAUAUUCUACACGCUGGCACACUUCUCAUCACUACUUCUUGUCACAGUAACGGUAACCCGAAAAAUGCUCACAAUGCUUCUUAGUGUGAUGUGGUUUGGCCAUAGGCUUACUGGAGGGCAGUGGCUUGGCGUGGGAUUGGUGUUUGGUGGCAUUGGAGCUGAAGCUAUUGUCCAGAGAAGAGAGAAAGCGAAAAAGAACAAAGAAAAAGAAAGGUUAGCGAAGAGUGAAGCCGUAACGGCCAAAAAAGAAUUAUAA